AUGACUGAAUGCACAGGAAGAGCUGAGGGCCCUGCUUGGUCCCAGCAUACGUGGCAUUUGCAUUUAUCACCCUCUCUUCUUUAUGUGCUUCCUCCCGCAUUAAUCAGCUGUGGUCUGGCGGCUGGUCUGGCGGCUUGUCUACCAGGCAGAGGAAAGCCUGGUGUGAGGAGGGAGAGAACGGCCUUCACCAGCAGCCAGCUGCUGGAGCUGGAGAAGGAGCUCCACUUCCGCCCUUACGUGCGUCGUCCCCGGAGGCUGGAGAUGGCCACCGGGCUUCAGUUCACCGAUCGCCAGGUCAAGAUCUGGUUCCUGAACCGCAGGACGAGGUACAAGAGGGGGCGCAAGUAUGGAAAGGUGGUAGGUGUGUCCCAGUGGUCUCCCCGCAACCCCUCCUCCAGCUCAAACACGUGUGCAGACCACCUUAGGUUCCCGGGUGCGUGCGUUGCUAGAACUUCCUCCUCCUCAGACCUGCACUUCAUGGAUUAUGCUCCCGCGUCCUCCUCUCUCUUUGGCUCUCACAGUGAUGGCAGCAGUGGUCAGCGUAUACACCCUGCAGACCCGCCACAUCUGAGUUGCAUCCUUCCAUCUGUUGGAAAUGGUCCACCGCCCCCCUGUAUGGGCAUAGAUACUCAUCACCAUGCUGGCAUUUCAAACUGGCCCUAGGGCCCCAUAAUGGCCAUCCCUCCUGUGCUCAUCAAAAUCUCAAUGAUACAUCCACUCUCACUUACUUAUGAAAGACUGCAGGAUGUCUGAUUGGCCUCCCAGGGCUGACAUCCGCAUAACACACCCUUUCACCGGUCAUGAAGCAUUUUAAUUAAAGUAUAUGAACAUAUCUUAAUUAAAGGAGAGCUACAGUGAUAUCAUUUUUGUUUCUCAGGCAUGGGGACGACUUGCUGCUCAUAUUGUACGUACAUGGCAUGCACAAGACCUUUGAGCAAUUAAUAAUUAUAUCUUUUGUGCUGUUACUUUGUGACUGUUACAUUUGUAUUGCUGUUGCAUGUUUAAUGCAUGCGGGAAUCAUACAGUGAGUGAGUUUUCUAUUUCCCUCUGUGGGCACAUAAUAGCUAAGUGGUUGUCAUAUUUUGUAAGUGUCACAUCAGGCCUCUUUUUCAUUAUGUACAGUAAAAAGCAGGUCAUUUGUGUAAAAGGUUUUAACUGUGAAAUGGGCAGAAUAAUAUUCAUACUGAAUGAUGUUAUAUUUUUGUUAAAGCCAUUAAAGGAUACGGCAAGUCUUUCAUACUGUUCUGGAUUAAUUUAGAUGUCAUACUGUACAUGCUUA